AUGCGUUUCGACAUCUUCACCCAAGUUACCAUUGUUGGCCUCGCCUCUCUCGCUCUUGCUGCAGAACAACAGCCGGAGUUUGACACUCGAGACUCUGCCUCCUUCGGUCGUCACCAACGUGAUCUCGAGGAGGCUGAUCUCGAGCCUCGUUUCUUCAUUCAACAAAACCAUGGGAAGCAUGGCAAAGGUAGUAAAGGAAAGCGUGAUCUCGAGGCGGUUGAUCUCGAGCCUCGUUUCUUCAUUCAACAAAACCAUGGGAAGCAUGGCAAAGGUAGUAAAGGGAAGCGUGAUCUCGAGGAGACUGAUCUUGCUCCUCGUCUCUUUAUUCAACAAAACCAUGGGAAGCAUGGCGGCAGAGGUGGUAAAGGAAAGCGUGAUCUCGAGCCUCGUCUCUUUAAAAACAAGGUCAAGAAAAUCGGACACCAUGUUAAGAAUAUCGGACACCAUAUUAAGAAAGGUGGUAAAGGAAAGCGUGAUCUCGAGACCCGCCUCUUCAAACACCAUGUUAAGAAUAUCGGCAAAGGUGGCAGGGGGAAGCGUGAUCUCACGACUGAGUAG